ACUUUUAGUGUCUCGAGUGUGUAUAGCCUGGUGAAGAAGCGUGUCCAAUACCACGAUGUCAUCAACAGUUACAACAAACCAGAUAUUAGUUAUUUGGAAAGUGCUUCUAUUUUCUAACUUGAGAGUGUAGGCUCCCCGUCAGAGACUACCUGCUGACUACCACUCGACCAUACUGAUAGCCACUCCCACGGCUGUGGACUGAUGUUUGAGGUACAAUGGUUGCCCCAAGCUUGGUAGAUGCGUGCUAGUUGGGCUGUUUGUUAUUGCCAUUUACAAUGCAACAAGAUCCCAGCCCCCACCCUGACACUGAUUAGGGAGGUGGAGCCAGCAAAGGGAUGGCGGCGGAGUUGAAGAUUGUUUUCUUUUUUCAGCUUUUUGCUUUAUCCGCGCUGUUAAAACAGAUUGUGAGCUAACACAAAUACCAGUUAUCGGAACAACCCAUGUGUGUGUUUAGAGUUGAAUAAUUUCUUCUCGCUGGAGAACUCCUUGUGGCUUUUUUUUUUUUUUUUGUCUUUUGUGGAGGCGUGGGUGCACUAGUAAUAAUCUGAACAUGUUUUCUGGUGUUUAUUCAGUGCCCCAACAAUGUAAGGUCACGUGUGUGUGUGCUCUGCAGAUGGACGCAGUGAUCCAUCAUUCACUUCUUUAGGUGACACAUUGUAGACUAACCCUUCAUUCCAUCUCACAUCAAUCAUUCUUUUUCGCCUGUGAGCAAAUGUAACAAGAAAGUGUUUAUGCGUCCAGCAAAAACUCCACGAAAGCAGUUUUUUUUAUUUUUAGCCUUAUAACCCGCUGCACGUGGCUCUUUUAUUGAUUACAAACAACAAAAAAGAGAUGCGCCCCUAGUAUCCCGGUCCCAGAAGUGGACAAGUUGUUUCCAGUGCAAUGUGCUGUUUGGGCGGAUGUGAAUUAUUAAAGGGAGAGAAUGGUGCGAUUGUCUCGCACGCGCUGAGGAAGACACUGGUACUCACGUGUCCUCCAUGUCAUGCCAUAGUGGAGAUACUCAGCAAGUUUACGAUGGUGAAGAAAGGCCGAGGGCCCAGUCUGAAGGUGUUCAAGGUUCACUGAAAUCUUGUCUGUUCAGUGUCUGCAGGAAUUGGAGCAUGACGGCUUUGUCAUCAAGCCACCCAGACAUCUCGAUAGACCGCUGGGCAAAGCAAUAGCAUCGUCGGGGACCCCUGGCGGGAGGGAGAGGGUGGAAGAGGAAAGCACCACCCCAUUACCCCUCUCAUUAUGAGCUUAACGCUUCAUCCAACUUCUUUAAUCCGGCGAGAUGAGAGUGAAAGCGCUUCGGUUGGUCAAGCAAAUCGAGACUGGUCAUUAUGUGGUUGACAUACCUGUAGUCCACUGUCUGGCGGGCAGAGUUUAGCAGACACACACACACCGUCGUUACACCGAAGCUUCAUUCUCUCGUCUGUCCUCGUCCACUCAUCCCUCACAUCGCAUUGAAACGACCGACACGAUCUCGGUAUGCGAGAAGAGCGCCCGACGAUUGGCUACACGCCUUGUCAAUCAACCUGAAGGCGGAGUGAGUGACGUCAGGCGUGAGGUGGAGGUGCGGGGGGCCUUCAUGCCGUGGAACGCGCGCGCGCGGAGAGACGUCGGGGUGUUUGCGCUUCUGUCUUACCUGACGUCUUCAGGUGUGUGACUGGAAACCAACUUCCUUCCAAAACUUGUGACCUACACACCAAGCGUGACCAUGUUGGCGAGAGUUUUAAGUUUGAAAAAAACAACAACUAGUCACGUGUGCGGGAUGUGAAAUGACGGGACGCAGACGUGAGCGAUUGUGUGCGGGGCUCGAGUCGGAAAUCAAGCGUCGGUGGCGAGGGUCUGUGUGUGUGUUGAGGGCGCUUGCUGGCUGGGCCUCAGUGCAGUCGCCAGCCGCGGCCCCACGGUGAGCCAGAGAGAAGAAGCUCUGUCGUGAAAACAUUCGACUUGGUUACAAGUUGAGCGCCGAGGCCCUGGGCUGUCAUCGGAGUUUUAGCCACUGAUCUCGCCCCACUUUCUUCCCCACUCGGUGGUGGCCACCUCUUCUUCCAACGCUGGAGGCAGUGCUUUAUGGAAUUUCCAGCAGUCGGUGGACUACAGUUUGUGUGUGUGUGUGCAGGUCUCGCCGUGUGACAGUCGCUGUACAACAUGAAACGAAAAAGUAAGUGACUUUGACACAAACUUUUCUACAACAAACAAGCGAGCCUCGGUUCGCAUGAUGUGUAUAGUCAACGAGAUCACGGCACGAUGUACUCUGCGAGAACGCUGGGUAUAGUUAAGAAGUUUGGGGACAGACUCUGAAAAGUAAAAAUAAAGGGACAGAAAUGGGUGCACCGAGGACAGUGAGGGGGGUGUCUCCACCCCGUCUCCUCAGACACAUUAAAUCCAUGCUUUUGCUGUUGUUUCUGGGGACUUACACUCAGGGCCAAGGACCAGGAGCGACGGAUACAACAGCACAGAUGAGUGUAGUAGAAGAACAACCGCCAGGUGUAGUAGUUGGCGUUUUACCUGUUCGUGCUGGUUAUAAUUACACCAUUAGAGAAACCUCCACCAUGUUUGUUCUCUACCCAGGUGGCAUCAUUCGGACGUUAAUUCGAAUAGAUCGUGAGGCUUUGCCUAGAGACACCAUCAGCCUCUUUGUUGGAGGUUCACACCCUCAGUUAGCCUUUCAUCCCAUUGAUGUUUCGAUCUCCAUCUUGGACAUUAAUGACAACAACCCCAAGUUUGAGGAAAGCACCAACGCUGUAUCUUUUCAAGAAGAUGCCUCCGCCGGUCAGCAGCAAUUGAUUCUGACAGCAACAGAUCCUGACAAAGGCAACAAUGGGACAAUUGCAGAGUACCAGAUAGUGUCUGGAAACAGUGAUGGAAAGUUCAACUCAUUCCACCCACUCACCAUCAGCAUUACUGAUGUCAAUGAUGAACCACCAACCUUCAGCCCAAGUAAUUACAUGGCAGAGAUCAAGGAGAGAGCAGAUGUUGGGACUGCUGUCAUAAGGGUUGAAGCUACUGAUGGAGACAUAGGAUCCUGUCAUACCAUCUAUCCUGCUGUCCCUGAUCCUGUCACAGGAUAUGCAACAGUGGAUGAAAAUGCCAGUGAACUGCGACCUGUGCAAGUUGCACGUAUCAGUGUUACUGAUGCUGAUCGUGGUCUCAACGGAGAAACCUCAGUUGAAAUAGUACAUGGCAACGAGCAGAACAACUUUAAGCAUGUUUCCAUUGCUUCUCCAGUCAAGUUUGAUUACAUCCAAGUAGUAGGAGGCCUGGAUCGGGAAACGAUAGCCCAGUACAAUUUAACUUUGAAGGCUGUUGAUCAUGGAAAUCCACCUCGCAGUUCCACAGCUUAUCUCAUCAUCACUGUUAAUGAUGCCAAUGAUCAUGCCCCUGUUUUUCAGAAGUCAGAGUAUGUAGCUAGCAUAUCAGAACUGGCCAAGCCUGAAUCAUAUGUUGCAAGCAUAAAAGCUGUGGAUGAGGAUUCUGGCCCCAAUUCUCUGCUGAUUUACAGUAUAGUAAAUGGAAAUGAACUGGGUUGGUUUAAUGUAGAUAGCUCAACUGGACUUGUCACUACAAAAGUCACUCUUGAUCAUGAGAUUGUUGCACAAGUUAUUCUUAACAUCUCUGCUGCUGACAAUGGUGCUAUUCCUUUCAGAAACUACACUAAGCUUACAGUAAAUAUCUUAGAUGAAAAUGAUGUGGCACCAAGAUUCAAACAGAGUGAGUGGAACAUAGACAUAAAUGAGAAUCAACCAAGAGUACAGACACUGGUCACUUUAGUAGCAGAUGAUCAAGACAGUGGAAUUAAUGGAACGGUCUCCUACUUUCUUCACCCUGACACACAGCUGUUGUAUCCAAAUACAUUCAGUGUUGAUAGGAAUUCUGGAGUUUUAAGCACGCAGGCUGUUUUGGAUCAUGAAUUUAUCUCAAACUAUUUGAUUAAAGUUGUAGCUCAAGAUGGUGGAAUCCCUGCCCUGACAUCCACAGCAUCUAUCUACUUAAGAGUGAAUGACCGGAAUGACAACAUCCCACAGUUCCGUCCAGAUUUGUACUACAUUAGUGUCUUGGAAACAGAUCCUUCAGGCAUUCCUAUUGUACAGGUGUCAGCAGUUGACCUGGACUCUGGGUUAUUUGGUCGUGUAAGGUAUUCCUUUCACAGGAAGUAGUUACAAUGCAUUUAAAAUGGAUGCAAACUCUGGACU